GAUACCAGAAUCAUCCCUUAUACAAGCCGAUGCAGACCUGCAGCAGCGAGUGCAAAGUUACCUGUCAGAGCGUCCAUUGACUUUCGGAAGCUCAGAUGGAGAGGCCGAGCAGAUUCUGACUCUAGCCUUGGCUUUGCUGCAGCGAAGGAGGCAGCCAGAUGCAGAUGAGACUUCCUUCAUCACUGCAGUGGCAGAGGAGGAGCCGCCCCUAGCUCUGCAGUUGACGGAGAGGUGCCAAGCGGCCAACGGUGGAAGUGGGUUCUAA